GAGAAAGAAACACAGAUUUGGAAAAUAGAGGAGGAGAAAGAAACCCAGCCCAGCCAACCUCUGAAACGCUUUCCUGUUGCCACCUUCAAAGACAUUUAGAUUCCUUCAGACCCUUGAAGAGGCUGAAGUUUUCUCAGCUCCAUCGCCCUGUCCCUGAGACUUCGCAGAAAGAUGCGUGCUUGGGUUUUCUUCCUCCUCUGCCUAGCAGGGAAGGCCCUGGCAGCACCACAAGAUGCUCUGCCAGAGGAGAUGGAAGUAAUCGAAGACAUUGCCACAGAGGAGCCUGUGGGAAUCAACCCCGUUCAGGUUGAGGUUGGAGAGUUUGAUGAGCCUGUUGAAGAAGUGGAGGAGGUUGUUGCAGAAAAUCCCUGCCAGAACCAUCACUGCAAGCAUGGCAAAGUCUGUGAACUCGAUGAGAACAACACCCCUAUGUGUGUCUGCCAGGAUCCCUCCAGCUGCCCUGCAAGCACUGCAGUGUUUGAAAAGGUGUGCGGCACAGACAACAAGACCUAUGACACCUCUUGCCACUUCUUUGCCACCAAAUGCACUUUGGAGGGAACCAAGAAGGGGCACAAGCUCCACCUGGACUAUAUUGGACCUUGCAAAUUAAUUCCUGCCUGCCUUGAUGCUGAGCUGAACGAAUUUCCUCUGCGCAUGCGCGACUGGCUGAAGAAUGUCCUGGUUACCCUGUAUGAGCGUGAUGAAGACAACAACCUGCUGACUGAGAAGCAGAAACUCAAGGUGAAGAAGAUCCAUGAGAAUGAGAAGCGCCUGGAAGCUGGGGACCACACUGUGGAACUGCUGGCCCGUGACUUUGAGAAGAACUACAACAUGUACAUCUUCCCUGUGCACUGGCAAUUUGGCCAGCUGGACCAGCAUCCAGUUGAUGGAUACCUGUCCCAUACCGAGCUGGCUCCCCUGAGAGCUCCCCUCAUCCCCAUGGAGCACUGCACCACUCGCUUCUUUGAGACUUGUGACCUAGACAACGACAAGUACAUCGCUCUGGAGGAAUGGGGCAGCUGCUUUGGCAUUAAGGAGAAGGACAUUGACAAAGAUCUGGUGAUCUAAAUUCAGCAGCUUCAUCCACUACCCACAACUCAACAUUUCCUUUCAUUUCCGUUUGAAGUUUUUAUUUUGGUUGUUUUACUGGGGACAAGGUGCUAAUAUAGAUCUAAACUUAUAUAUUAACGGUGCUAAAAAAAAACACAGAAAGUUGUUAGUAGCCUAAUCUAUACCACUAGAUUACUCUGCUCACUCCCUCAUCUGCGUUUCUGUUGACCUUUUUAAUUUGGUAUCAGUGCAGUGAAAAAAUCGACUUCUGUUAAAAAAUAUCUAUCCCUUUCCUGACCCACUCUGUUUCUAACUUUUAAAAACAUCUUCAUGUUUUUUGGAUAUUUAACGCUCAGGCUAAGGAAUUCCAGAGUAUUAGGUCCCUAAUUUCUAGAAGGCAAGUAAAGGAAGGUGUAUUACAAAGGGGUGUUGGGAGACAGGGCUUUACAAUGUCAGGUUGUAUAAUUGUUUUUCAAAAGUUUAGGUGACUUGGAUUUUAUUCCCCAUCAGAAUGGAAAGUGAGAGCAAUGGGGGAGGCCUGAAAAAUUCAGGAUGGUGUCUAUAUGAAUUUUUUCAUUCUUGAAUGUAAAAAUUGGGAACAGACAAAUAGAAAAGUCAUGAAAACAGAGCAUGGAAGAUGUAUAAGGGGGAAAAGUCAUGUAACCCACCCACAUCCUCUAAAAUAAAAACUUAAAAAUGC